AUGGCGCUUCUCGUCUUGGCUUAUGGUUAUGACCUGCCGGACGGAAAGUACAAAAAGUUUAAAAAAGAGGAGAAAGACUCGUUCGAGUAUUUCUACGAUAGAUUCGGGGUGAACAUGGAGACGGCGGGGGUGAUAGCGGCUAGCUUUGGGUUUGCGAAUUGGGUAUCUCGGCCGACGGGAGGGGUGGUUUCCGAUGAGUUAGGGAGGAGGUUUGGGAUGAAAGGGAGGUUGUGGGGGUUGUGGGUGGUGCAGACGGUGGCUGGGUUGCUUUGUUUAUGGCUGGGUCGAGCUAAUUCGUUGUGGGGUUCGAUUGUGGUGAUGUGUGGGUUCUCGUUUUUUGUCCAAGCUGCGUCAGGACUUACGUUUGGAGUAGUACCAUUUGUUUCCAAAAGAUCAAUGGGGGUGAUAUCCGGAAUGACGGGAAGCGGAGGUACGGUGGGGGCGGUGGUAACACAACUGCUACUGUUUUCCGGUGACACCAAAUUUUCGACACAAACUGGGAUUUCCUUGAUGGGUGUUAUGAUGAUUGUGUCUACUCUGUCGCUGACCACCAUCUACUUCCGCGAUGGGGGUGGCAUGUUCUGUGGCUCUUCCGACUGCGACUACCAACCGCUUGCCGGGGAGGUCAGACCAAACCUGAACGAAUUGGGAUGAUAUGAUGAUAUACAUGAGAUAAAAGUUAAAAACCAAGGACCAAGGAUAUGUUUUUUUAAGGAAAAAGAUUGAUUGGUGUUAUUAAUUAGAUGAUGAUGGGGUUAAAGAAAACGGGUAGAUAGGAUUAUUUUGUAAGAAUUUAUGGAUGGAAUAUGAAUUUGUUUGGAUUGGUCGG